AUCCCUUUCGGCAUCUUCUUCGUUCCGUCAUCUCCCCAUCUCUCGCCCAAAUCCGAAACCCUAGCGACCGAAAAAUGCCCCCACGCUCAGCGAAGAAGACGGCCGUGGCCAAGAGGCGAACGCGAGCGUCGGCAAGGCCGAAGACCGCGUCGAAGCCCUCGCCGUCUCCAGAAGCAGAAGAAGAGGUCACCAAUGGCGGUGGUGCGGUGCAAGCGUCGGUGGAGGAAACGGCGGAGGAAGCGUCGGUGGAGGUAGAGGUCCCGCCAUUAAUGGCUUCUGUAGAAGAGGUGAAGCCUCUGGUUUCGGAGGCCGGUGAAGGGUUUACAGUUGUCGGGGUAAUUGGGCAAGAAGAAGAGGCUCCGACGCAGGCUCUGGAAGAUUCUGUGAUGGAGGAAGCUUCUGGAAGAGAUGAAGGGAUUGCGGUGGUGGGGGAAAUUGAGCAAGAAGAAGAGGCUUCUGCGCAGGCUCUGGAAGAACCGGUGGUGGAGGAAGCUUCUGGAAGAGACAAGGUUGCGGCGCAGGCCGAGAAUGAAUUGGUGGCGGAGGAAGAAGAAGAGGAUCCAUCAAUGGUGGAGGAGGAGGCGGGGCCGGUUGGAGAGCAAAAAGAAGAUGAGGAGGAUCCGGUGGAGGUUGAGGAAGAGGCUGUGCAGGAUGGGGAGCAAGAAGAUGAAGGGGAUGAGGAUCCGUCGGAGUUUGAAGAAGAGAUAGCGCCAGAUGGGGAGGAAGAAGAAGACGAAGAAGAACCUUUGGAGGAUCCACAAUUAUUGGAUCGCGCUGAGGAAGAUGGCGAAGAAGUAGCUGAAAAGAAGUCUAUGGUAGAGGGGAGUGACGGUGCUACUGGAGGUGAUGCUGCGAAAGAUCAAGGUGUCGAUGGCUUGAAUGAUGAUGAUGACAGCGGAAGUGAUGAUGACGAUGCUGAAAAUGAGGAAGUUGACCCCUCCCUUUAUAUGCAUGAACAAAGACUAGAAAGGAAAAAGAAGGAAGCCGAUAUUUUUAUUGGUGGGCUGGCUAAAGAUGCUGUUGAGGACGAUAUACUUGAAGUCUUUGGUGCAUUUGGGGAGAUUCAAUCUGUUAGAAUAGUUAAAAGCCAAACAACACAGAAAAGCAAAGGUUUUGCUUUUAUUCGAUAUGCUACCGCUGAGGCUGCAAAUAAGGCUCUCACAGAGCUAAAGGACGGCACUGAGGUGAAAGGUAAGCGAGUUGGGAUUUCUGCUAGCCAAGAUAACGACACCCUUUACUUGGGGAACAUCUGUAAGAGUUGGUCAAAAGAUCAGGUGGUUGAGACUUUAAAAGGAUUUGGGGUUGAAGGAGUUGAGCACCUACUUUUGCCUGAUGAUCCGAAUAAUGAAGGGAAAUCCAAAGGCUUUGCUUUUCUUGAGUUUAGUUCGCAUUCAGAUGCAAUGGCUGCAUUUCAGCGCUUAAGAAAGCCGGAUGCUGUACUUGGCUGUGAAAGAAGCGCGAAAGUUUCAUUUGCACAAACUCCAAUAAAUCCAAGUGAGGAACUUCUAUUGCAGGUAAAAACUGUAUAUAUUGAAAAUGUUCCUGCUUCUUGGGAUGAGGGCACAAUAAAAAGGUUCUGUGAGCAAUAUGGGAAAAUAGAGAAAGUACAGGUUUUUCGGAAAAACCAUACGGGUAAAAAGAAGGAAUUUGCUUUUGUCGAAUUUGCUUCCCGUGAAAGUGCUCUAGUUUGUGUGGAAGGAAUCAACAAUUCCCAGAUCGGAGAAGGGGAUGUAAAGGUCAGUGCUAAUCUUGCUAAGCCUUUAAAUAAAGGACGGCUAGCUAAACAGGGUAUUCGAGGCGGAUUUAAGAUCCGGAAAUAUGGAGAAGCCACUAACAAAACUGGUCCGCCAAAAAAGGUAAACAAUAAGAAGUCAAAAGCAGUUCUUAUCAAGGAGAAUGCUUAUCCCAAAAAGUUUGGAAAUAAACCAUCUUCAUUCCAAAGUAAAGGAACUAAGAGAAAAAAUGGUCCACCAAUGGCAAGGCCUAUUAUUAUUAGAGAUAAGAAACAUGGAAGGAGGGGCUCCGACAAUUUCAAGGAAAGGCCAUUGAAGAAGUCACGUGGAAAUCAUGAUUUUCGACCGAGACCUUCCAAGGGCUUUGGUAACCAAAGAGUUGGCUAUGCAGGACAUCCAACUGUACAUCCAACUGUACAUCCAACUGUACAUACACCUAGAUAUGCUACUAAUGCAACUAGCUAUAGUGGUUAUGGUCAUGCUGGGGCGUCUGGAUCUAAUUUACAUCAUUCUGACCUUGAACCUCAUGCUGGAUAUCUUCCUGCAAGAAAUAUACCUACCAAUUAUGGCUAUGAGCAGAGAAGACCCAGUACUUACAUUAGCCACCAAAGGGGCGGUGCGGCAUUUGCUGGAGCACCAACUGUGACCCAAACAUCCUAUCCGGGGUACACAAACUACGCUGGCUAUCAGGCUGGUUAUGCUUAUCCUCCCCCCAAUGGAGCUUAUCCAGGAAGCAGCGGUCCAUAUCUGCCCCGAAGAGCAUAUUACUGAAUAGCAAGCUGAGCUUCAACAAUGCCGCACAAGACAAAUGAUUGGUUAGCACAAAGUGAUGCGAUCUUCUUCCACUGUUCGCGCAAGAUCCUCUUCGUUCUAUCAACUCAGUUGGGGUUAAGUGCCUGAAACCCUAGUGGUUUGGUUGGUGUGUGGCAUUAGAUAUGGAAGGCAGUGGAUGAUCAACUUAAACCCCCUCUAUUUAUGCCACUUUCAGAACACAGGAUUGAUUAACUGUUCUCCUGUGAAAUAUGAAAAGAAUCACCCUGCUUUUGCUUCAAUUUUUUUUUUAUUUUCCUCUUUAUGUUAUAUAUAUUGAAGAUAAAGAGCAAAAUUCUGAAGCGAUGGACAUGUUUAGUUCAUCCAAAUUUUAUUACAAUUCUGUGUUUUCUAAUACAUCAGAUGUGGACCUUUUUUGUGUUUU